AUGCACAGCAGGACCACAGGGUCAGCAGCUAACCCCGUUAUACUGGAGACCAUCAAAAAGAAGGGAAAUAAGUUCACCUGCUCCUAUGGUGAGGAGAAAACUGCACUUACGGAAGCCCUGAAAUGGAUGACAGAGAACCAGAAGUAUGAUGACACCAUCAUAUGCUCUGAUAGCCAGGCAUUACUGACUAGCAUCGAUAGCCUGAACCCAGACACUCAGGAUAUCAGGAAAACUCUGGAAUCACUCCAUGGGACAACGUACCUGCACUGGAUUCCCGGCCACUCCAACAUUCCUGGGAACGAAUACGCUGACAAAGCAGCAAAGGAAGCAGCACAACUCCCGGACCUGGGCCAAGGACAGUCUACAAUCUCAUACGGAGUUGCCAGAGCAGUAGCAAAGGCUCACAUCAAGGAUAGCGACCCCCAACACCACCUGGUCUCCCAGACUUACAAGGGAUACAACAGAAAAAGAGCGGACAGUAAAAUAGAGAGCAGGAAAGACGGAGCGCUGCUAGCACAACUCAGAGCAGGCCAUUGCCUUCACCUGUCCCACUACAAAAAUAGGAUCGACUUUACAAAGAGUGCAACUUGUCCCCGUUGCGGAGAAGAAGAAGAAACGGUACCACACUGGAUUCGGUGCCCUGCAACGAUCAGGACGAGAGAAGAAAUCUUCGGAAAAUCUGACUUAAACUUGGACAUACUAACCACCAACCCGAUAGAAAUCCUGGCGUUUGCUAAGAAGACCUUGCUUGAGGGACCCUUAGACGCCUAG